AUGGAUAUUUUAUCGAUAUAUUUUCGAUACGUCAAAUGUGUAGUAGCUAAAUGUUUGUUUGUGUUCAAUAUUAAUCCAUUCAAGAUGCCUAAAGGUAGAAAACGCGGCCAUUCGUACAGUUCUAACGAAUCUCGUUCUCGUACACGUUCAAGAUCUAGAAGAUCACACUCUCGAUCUUAUGGCCGAGAACAUCCUGUGAAAAAAGGAUAUUAUGACUCAUACGAGAGCAGUCCCAGAUAUAAGGGUUCUUACAGAUUCCAUGAACGCGGUACAAGCGCCGAACGCCGUUAUAAACGUAGCAACCGUAGAUCUCCGACGUCGAGUGUGCAUCGGCGUCAACAUCAACAUCAUCACCAUAAUCAUAGUACCAAUCAUAGUACGAACCAUAGUACGACGCAUCGUCAUCGUCAUCGCGAUCGCGAUCAUCAUCGUCAUAAACAUCGUCGAAGUUCAUCCGAUCGAACGGAAGAGAAGUCGCCGUACAUUAGCAAUCACGGUCCUUCGAAUGGUGAAUCGGUGACAGAAUUAUUACUAGAGAUUGAAACCGUAUGA